GUACAAAGUAAAUUUAGAACUAUUAGUAGAUUCGGUACUAAAAUAAGCAACUUAUCAUCCGUACCGUAUCAUCCGCAACAUAUAUCUGACAUAAAUAACUCUUACUCAAUACGGUAAUUCUCGCUCGAGACGUCUCCUCAGCUCGGCAAGUAAGCACACCCGCACCGAUGACUAAUAAGGUUCCUGUACAGAAUUUUUUUCACGCGCCUCACAGACAACUCGAAUCCCUUUUGCAAAGAACAGAGAUCCUUUCCUUCUCUUCUUCAUACAUUCUAAUUGUAUCAGCGCCUUCUUUGCUACAUCCAACAAGCAAAGACACUCGAAACAAUUCUGAAUAAUGGCUCCGUUUGCCCUUCCCCCCCUGCCUGCCGUGGGCACAGCAUGGGGUCCCUCGACCACUGAAGCCAGCACCAAGGGACUCUCGUUCGAGGACGCUCCGUUUGCGCCGUUCUCGAAGAGCGAUAAGCUUGGUAAGCUCGCUGACUGGUCGCAGGAGUCUGGUCGCGAUGGACGUGAUCAGCGAGGUGGUCGUCAAGGUGGACGCAAUCACAGAGAUCCAUACCAGGCCUAUGGCGCCAGCACUGUCUCCAAUUUCCAAUUCCAGAACGAGGACGACGAGUCCAGCUUCUCGGUCGUCGACAGCCGAAGCGCGGCCACCAAGCCCCGCGGCGGCAGCGGCUUCGGCCAGGGCCGCGGCGGACUCAUUCUGCGAUCGCAGGGCGGCGGCCGCGGCGGUGCGCGCGGAUUCAACGCCCGUGGCGGGAACCAGUCCAUGCGCGGAGGGUUUCAGCGGUACGGCGGCCGCGGCGGGAACGAUAGCCAGCGCGGAGGCCAGCGAGGCGGGCAGCGCGGCGGUGCUGCGGGCGGCCGACGGUUUGGCUGGAAGGAUUACGACAAGCCGCAGCGGUUGCGCGAUUCGUCGGUUGUUAUUGCGCCCGAGUGGAAGAUGCUGGACGAGAUUGAUUUCAUCCGGCUUGCGAAGCUGUCGCUUGAUAUCAAGGAGGGUGCCGAUAUCGACACCUACGGUUUCACAUACUACUACGACAAGAGCCUUGACCGGCCCGGUGCGUCGUCGGAGUGGAAGCUGCAGGUCAUCGACGCGCUGCUGUACAACCCGACUACCUCGGACGACCCCGUCAUCCAGCAGCUCGCGGCCAAGAACGAGGGCACCGUGUUUGCAACCGACUCGAUCCUGAGCAUGCUCAUGUGCUCGCCGCGGUCGGUGUACCCGUGGGACAUUGUCGUGACGCGCGAGGGCGACAAGCUGUUUUUCGACAAGCGCGACGGCAGCCCGCUCGACUUUGUCUCUGUGAACGAGAACGCGGUGGAGCCGCCGGUGGAGUCGGCGGACGGCAAGGAGUCGAUCAACUCGCCGUCGUCGCUCGCGCUCGAGGCCACGUUCAUCAACCACAACUUUGCCGAGCAGGCCGUGAUCGAGUCUGCCAAGGCGAAGCACGAGUUUGCGCACCCGAACCCGUUCUACAAUCCCGAGGAAGAGACCGAGCCGCUGGCGUCGCGCGGAUACCGGUACCGCAAGUUCAACCUCUCGGCGCAGGACGAGGAGGAGCCGCUGAACCUGAUUGUGCGCACGGAGGUCGACGGCGCGAUCAAGAACCCGACGGGCGAGGACUCGUUCAUCACGAUCAAGGCGCUCAACGAGUUCGACACGCGUGCUCCGGGCGCCGGCGGCGCGCUCGACUGGCGCUCCAAGUUCUCGAGCCAGCGCGGUGCGGUGGUCGCGACCGAGAUGAAGAACAACAGCUGCAAGCUUGCGCGCUGGACGGUGCAGAGCAUCCUCGCGGGCGCGGAGCAGAUGAAGCUCGGCUUUGUCUCGCGCGCCAACCCGAAGGACAAGAGUCGCCAUGUCGUGCUCGGCGUCGUGGGAUACAAGCCGCGCGAGUUUGCAAACCAGAUGAACUUCAGCGUGGCGAACGGGUGGGGUAUCGCCCGGUCCAUUAUCGACAUGUGCAUGGCUUUGCCUGAGGGCAAGUAUGUUAUUGUCAAGGACCCGAACAAACCGGUCAUCCGUCUGUACGAUGUGCCUAAGGAUGCUUUUGAUCAGCCGGAGAAGGAGGAUGAGUAAUCUAUCUCUCUGUUAUUGUUUUGUGUUGAAAAUAAAUGUGUUUCGCUGCUUUUGAUUGGUACCAGUU